UCAGGCACUUGUAUAUAUGAACACCUAGGAAAAGGAGGCGGCACGGAGAGCAAUAAUGGGUAGAAUUUAUGCCCAUCACGCAUACAGAGCCUCUUUUUGCUCUCAAAUUCAUAUCUGCGUUUCCAGACUUCAAGUGCGAAGUUAUACUACAAAUCCGCGUUUCGCCCGCCGCUAUGAUUUUGAGGAAAAGUUGUCGCCUGAUGUUACUGAGUCACAGGAAAAGUUGUUGUCACCUGAUGUUAGUGACUCUUCGACAAGCGUAGCUAAGCAGUUUCAAUCAAGUUCAAAGAUGCGAUUCCUCCACAAGCACAAAGCUUUUAAAAUGAAGAAGAAGAAGAAGAUGCUCGUGAAGCCACCAUCACCUAAAAAAAACUUGCAAUGCUUUAUUAAGACUUGAAACCUUUUAUUUUAUUUUUUUAUGUAAUGAGAUUUUCCCUUGAGAAAUCUUUGUCUCCCCUUGUUCUUCAAGAUAUGUAACUUAAACCUGCUAUGCUUAGCUUAAGUAUGACUUAACAAUCCUUUUAUUUCUUAUCUUUGUCUCACUCUAUUAUUGCUAAGACAUUUCUCAAAGAGCAUUCUCCAACUUGAU